AUGGCCGAACCUCCAAUUCUAUCCGCUCCAAAACCCGGAGAGGUUUUUAUUAUGUACUUAGCAAUUUCUAGCAUAGCGACAAGUGCAGCAUUGAUUAGAAAGGAAGGAAAGAUUCAACAUCCAGUCUUCUACACAAGUAAGACAAUGACAGAUGCGGAGACACGGUAUAGCAAAGUGGAGAAAAUCAUCAUAGCCUUGGUUUAUGCCAAAAGGAAGCUUCAGCAUUAUUUUGAGUCUCAUAGCAUUGUGGUACUCACCAACUAUCCUAUACGGGGUAUACUCUCUAAGCCAGAUCUAUCUGGGAGAAUUACCAAAUGGGCUAUCGAGCUCAGUUCCUUCGACAUAACUUAUGAGCCGAAGGUGUUGCACAAGGGACAAGCCUUAGCAGACUUUCUUUUAGAAUAUGAAGACACUCCCGAAGAGCCAGAACUCCCUGAACCACAGUGGGAGCUUUGGGUCGAUGGUUCCUCAAACCAAACAAGUGCAGGAGUUGGGGUUGUUAUAUCAACACCCGAAGGCACCAAGUUACAGCAAUCCAUUUGCUUGAAUUUCCCUGCUACAAACAAUGAGGCUGAAUAUGAGGCGUUACUUGCUGGUCUUCGAUUGGCCAACAGCCUUCAGGUACCUCGUGUUGAGAAUGCUGAAGCAGAUCAAUUGGCCACAGCAGCGUCAUCCUCAAAUGAAGAUUUGACUCGGAUUGUGCCAAUUGACGUCUUGGAUGAACCCAGCAUCAACCCUCAGCAAGAAGUAAUGGUGAUUCCGGUCAUUCUGCGAGAACCAUGCUGGAUUGAUCCAUUGGAAGGCUACCUCAAGUAUGGGACUCUUCCAAACCAGAAAAAUGAGGCGCGGAAGCUCAGACUCACUGUAGCUAAAUAUGCCAUCAUCAACGACCAGUUAUACCGGAAAUCAUUUCCAGGUCUUUACCUGAAAUGUUUAAGACGUACUGAGGCUCUUGUGGUAUUGAAACAGAUUCAUGAUGGAGAUUGCGGCAACCAUUCUGGGGGUAGAUCCCUUGCACAUAAGGUUCUAACUCAAGCUACUUCUGGCCGUACUUGGCCCGGAAUGCUGAAGAGUACGCCCGGAGAUGUGAUAAGUGUCAGUGCCACGGUCCAAUGA